AUGGCACCUAAAAAGAAAGAACAUUGUAAUGACCUUCGAGCUUUAGUAAUUCAGCACUAUCAAAACGGUGAUUCUCAACGAGAAAUUGCUGCUAAGACAUUACUUCCUCGAGAGACAGUACGAUACAUAAUUAAGAAAUACAAACAGACGAAAUGUAUCGGUAAUUUAUUCGGACGUGGUCGAAAAAGGAAGACAACCGAAACAUUGGAUCGAUUGAUAGUACGCAAAGUUAAGUCCGAUCGACGUAAAUCUGCCAAUGCUGUGAAGAUCGAGGUCGAGACCGAACUAGGAAUAUCAUUACACGCCAAUACCAUUCGAAAUAGACUUCACGAAGCUGGGACUUUAUGGUCGUGUAGCACGAAAGAAACCAUUUGUCAACAAAAUCAAUCGAAUUAA